CCGUUUUCCAAUCGAUUCACACCUGGGAUGUUAGUAUGUCUCGGACGACAUCAUUAACUUAGUAUAACGUAUUAGUGUUCAGUGCGGUACAUUGUUCGUAUAAUGCAGCUCAGUAUCUAAAAGCCAUUUCUUGUGAUCUUGACAUUGAAUGGAUGAAUUAUAUAUGCGGAAUACUCCAUACGAAGUUCUACUUUUUGGAGAAUUUUACGAACUUAUAGCAACAACAAAACAGACGAUCGAUUCAUACAUACUCUUAUACAAAUGUAGUCAACAUUUCCCCUGAAGCACUACAGGGACCCUUGCAUGAUUCAAAAUUAAACCCCUAAAGGAAGUCUGUCGUGGCAAUAAAUGCGCACUGGUUUUAUCGCAAAAUAACAUUUGGACAACACUAUCAACCAUGCGUCAUCAAAUAAUCAUAGGCACCUUACUAGUAAUUGCUGCAGCGAUUGCAGGAGAGACGCAGUUGAACUCACGUGGAUUAGAGUUAAAAUCGACGUCGGGAUUCCUUAACAACGCUGAUAUCGCUGCUCAUAUACAUUUUUCUGCUGGGAACCAAUUAUUACCGAGCCGGCCGAAAUUGCUGGAUAGUUAUUUGGCACCCGUAAUGCAAGCUUUAGCAUAUCAUAUAGAGUUACUUCAAUAUGAACCUCUUGCUGGAACCACAAUCGAGCCACCUUUUCAAGGUGCCGAAUCAUUAGGAGUAAGUUCCACAACUCCCUAUCCUAUUAGUUCAUCAAUAACACAAACGCCUUCUACUACGGUUAACGUUUGGUGGCAGCCGUCUACAACCAAAAAACCUGAAAUAUUACUUACAACGCAAAAACCUACUUCAAUGCCUUGGUGGCAAAAGCCAACAACAACUAGCAGCGCGACAAUAGUAAUACAAAAACCCGGAGAAAUUUCUACAAGUUCAACACAAAAGCCAUCUUCUAGUGUAUGGUGGAAGCCAACAUCUGUCACGACAACGACACCAUCUCAACCGUGGUGGCAAGUAAACGGGACCUCCACAGCAACAAUUUCAACGACAUCAACCCCUUGGUGGCAAACAAGCACGUCGACGAAAGGGCCUCCAAAUGCAUCUAUCCCUUGGUGGCAAUCGAGCACAACACAUUUAUCAACUUCAACAUCGAAAACUUCAGCUACAUGGUGGCCCACAACUCCAAAGCCAGUUCGUACAACUACACCCACUACUCGGAAGCCCUGGUGGCAGGUCACUACAACUGGAAAACCGCCUACAUCCGCAAUUUGGUGGGGGCUGACAAAUGGAAAGCCAAGUUCAUCGUGGGUUCAAGUGCAAUCAACCUCUACGAAGCCACCGUCGUCAACAUUGUGGUGGCAAACUUCCUCCAAACCCAGUUUCACUAAACCAACUUCAUCUGCUCCAUGGCAAAGUACUGCUGAGCCCAUUCAUUUUAGUUCAACUCAGAAACCAUGGUGGCUACAAUUUUCGACAACUACCGCAACUAAAAAACCAUGGUGGGGAAGCCGACCAGGAGAUAUUUUUCCAUCAACUACGAGUACAAAGAAGCCGCUAACAGGAUGGUGGUCGUCGACCAAAACAACACAGAACUGGUGGAACAGCAGCAGACCAUCAACUCAGUGGUGGCAACAAUCUACAACUAAGCGUCCAAGCGUUCAAGUAUCUUGGCAGUCUACACAAAAACCCUGGUGGCAAGCCUCGUCAUCAGUUGACAAGCCGUGGUGGUACACAACAACCACCAGAAAACCUAUCACAUCGAUUUGGUGGAACUCUCCAUCUUUCGUUGCUAGUAACAAUAAACCGGUUUCAAAACCUACGUUGUAUACAACCAAUGGAGUUGGUCUGGUAGAAACAACUCCAUUUCAUUUUCCUGGAAACUUCGCCCCUGCACAAUCUCACAACGCUCUCCUGAACGAAUAUUUGACUCAAAGUGUGGAUGAUACCGAUAAUGACGCUGAAGGCAACGAAGUUUACACUAUUACUGCCGCGCCUCCUUUAACAACCAGAAAGGAAUCCUCUACAACUCGUAAAGAUUCUAAUUGGCCUUUUGAUACACCUUCUCUAGCGGCCGAUACCAACUUCUUAGAUUGGUUAUUGCAAGGAAAAUCAAAAGUAAUUCCAAACGAUAUUGAAUACGAUUUCUCUAUGCUCGACCCAUACCCCGGAAACUUAAUUCACGAUAUCUUGAAGGAAAAAUCAGAGUUACCAGCAUUGCGAGAUAUUGAUAAUGUGAACGAAUUUCUAAAGGUGUAUGAUGAUUCAUACGGUAGAUAUCAUCCCAUCAGUGGCAAAAAACGGAUUCCACCAACGAAACCAUAUGUGGAAUUCCUUAUGCUUUACGACUUGCUGAAACGGGAAGCUAAAUCGCUGAAUCUAACUAUAUACGAAGGAUACAGUGAAAAAAUGAUUGAAGAAUUAUCUGCGACUUCAAAACGAUCAGCGGAGAUACAGCUGCAUAUUCUAAUGACUCGGAUGCUGGAACAAAAAGAAGUCAAACGAAACGAUGUCACUUCAAGAAUUAAAUCAAUUAUAAAAGAUUUGGAAAAUCCUGGUUCAACUACAGCAAGGGCAUUACACGUUAUUCCUCCGAUCCAGUUUGUGCCAUAAACUCAAUUAAAAAACAUUGAUUACUGAUUUUAGAAUCUUCAAAACAACAGUGUGCAUUUGCUCCAACUAUUAAGCACUCUGUAAUAUUUUGUAAUAAUGGUUCCGCAUGUUUUGCUUUAUGUAGGGUAAACAUAUUAUGCAUUCAUAUGAAAAAAUAAAUUUUAUUA